AUGCAAGGCUUACCAAUGAAAGGACCGUCACCAAUAUGGCUGCUUAAUCAAAAAUUUCUUGCUCCAUUAUUUGUAUGUUAUGAUGAAAAAUUACAUGAAAGAGAAGAAUUUAUUAAGAAACUUCAGAAUCAACUUAAUGAUUUACAUACUGAAAUGAAAUCAAUAACAAAUGAAAAUUUAUCAUUACAUGAACGAAUUGCUCGUACAUCAUCAACAAUAAUAAAUCAAAGCACGACUCAUUUACCUGAUAUGGAAAAUAUAAAGCGACAAGCUUAUCUUGUUUUAGAAGAAAAUAAAGUUCUUCAAGAACAACUUAAUUUACAAACGAAUCGUUUAAAUGAUGUACAAAAAACACAAAUUCAAGAAGUAUCAAAUUUAACUCGACGUUUAAUGAUUGUUGAAAAUGAAAAAACUGAAGGAGAUCGUACAGUAGCAACAAUUCGAAUAAAAAACGAAGAAUUAAGAAAAAAAUAUGAACAAUCAAUUAUUGAUGGUGAUCAUCGAAUACAUGUAGAAGAUCAUGUUAGAGAAGUGAAUGAAAUGAAACGAAUAACAGAUGAAUUAAGUGAAAAACAUGCUAGCGAAAUGCAAUUACUCCUUCGUCGAGUACAGGAUGCCGAAGCUGCUAAACGAACAGCUCAAUUAAAAUUAAGUGAAAAUCGUAGUGAUAUGGAACGAUUAAAGAAUGAUAUAAAAACGAUAAAAAAACUCAAUCAAAAAUUACAAAUACGUGUGCAAACAUUUGAAAAAAAACUUGAAUUACAGCAAAUGAAAGAACAACGAACAACAGCAAUGCUUGAUAAAGCUCAUGAAGAUGCAGAAAAAUAUAAAUUAGAACAAGAAGCUUAUUCAAUAUUAGCUAAAACAAAAGAAGAUGAAAUGAACAAAACAAAAGAAAGAAUGCAAGAAGAAGGAAAGAAAUUAAAUGACCUUGAAAAUCGUCUUGAAAAUUAUAAAAGUAAAAAUAAAGAACGUACUAAUGAAGUUCAAGAACAAAUAAAAAAACAAUAUGAUACUUUAAAAGUACGUUGUUCAGAAUAUGAACAACGUAUUAAACAAUUGAUGACUUUAGUCAAUGAAAAACAAAUUCUUAUUGACGAUUUAAAUUCAGAAAAACGUAAUCUUGAAGUGGAUCUUGAGACAAUAUGGCAAACAACAAAUGCUGAUAAUAAACGUAUGCUUGAACAGUUACAUGAAAUGCGUGUAACGAGUUAA